CACGGCCAAGAGAGCUCUCAUUUCCUCCCAGCCUUGUGCGGGAAAUGGAUUUAAUUCUGAGAGCGGGGCUGUAGGAGACGAGCGGGAGCGAAAGCCUUUUGUCAAGGAGUAGCAGCCUCUGUUGUCUGUGAUCACCACUGACGCGGAGAAGCUGCAUUGCCGGUGGAAUUCCAGGCAGCUCUGGCUGCAGGAUGGGUAGAAAACAUUGCUCUGCAGAUUAGCUGAGUGAAUCUAUCAAGCCGACUCCAAAAAGAAAAAACCACCACCACCAUCACCAAAACAAAACAGCAGCCCGCAGCAGAAGACCAGAGAUGGAUAAGAUGCGGUGCAGGAGUUUCCACCCGGAUGUUUGAAAUCCUGUAGAUGUGGUCAGCGACCCUGGGCGUGGAGCCGAGAGUGCAGGCUGAGCGCUGAGAAGAAGCAGCCUGGGACAAGGCUGAUCCAGCCUCCUGGGUUCCAGGAGUGGACUGUACACCCAGCAGGACAAUGAGUGAAGAGACUGUCCCCGAGGCUGCCUCCCCGCCGCCCCCACAGGGGCAGCAGUACUUCGACCGCUUCUCCGAGGACGACCCUGAGUACCUGCGCCUUCGCAGCCGAGCCGCGGACCUGCGGCAGGACUUCAACCUGAUGGAGCAGAAGAAGCGCGUCACCAUGAUCCUGCAGAGCCCGUCUUUCAGGGAGGAGCUGGAAGGCCUCAUCCAGGAGCAGAUGAAGAAGGGGAACAACUCCUCCAACAUCUGGGCCCUGCGGCAGAUCGCGGACUUCAUGGCCAGCACCUCCCACGCAGUCUUCCCAACAGCUUCCAUGAGCUUCUCCAUGAUGACCCCCAUCAAUGACCUCCACACAGCCGACUCCUUGAACCUGGCCAAGGGGGAGCGGCUCAUGCGGUGCAAAAUUAGCAGCGUCUACCGCCUCCUGGACCUCUAUGGCUGGGCCCAACUGAGUGACACCUAUGUCACGCUGAGAGUCAGCAAGGAGCAGGACCACUUCCUGAUCAGCCCUAAGGGAGUUUCUUGCAGCGAAGUCACAGCAUCCAGCCUGAUCAAGGUGAACAUCCUGGGAGAGGUGGUGGAGAAGGGCAGCAGCUGCUUCCCAGUGGACACCACGGGCUUCUGCCUGCACUCGGCCAUCUACGCCGCCAGACCCGACGUACGCUGCAUCAUCCACCUGCACACUCCGGCCACCGCGGCGGUGUCAGCCAUGAAGUGGGGCCUCCUGCCUGUGUCCCACAACGCCCUGCUGGUGGGGGACAUGGCUUAUUACGACUUCAAUGGCGAGAUGGAGCAGGAAGCUGACCGAAUCAACCUGCAGAAGUGCCUUGGACCCACCUGCAAGAUCCUGGUGCUAAGAAACCAUGGAGUGGUUGCUCUAGGUGACACCGUCGAGGAGGCGUUUUAUAAGGUCUUCCACCUGCAGGCUGCGUGUGAGAUACAGGUGUCCGCUCUGUCCAGCGCGGGUGGCGUGGAGAACCUCAUCCUUCUGGAGCAGGAGAAGCACCGGCCCCACGAGGUGGGCUCCGUGCAGUGGGCGGGGAGCACCUUCGGGCCCAUGCAGAAGAGCCGGCUGGGGGAGCAUGAAUUCGAGGCCCUCAUGAGGAUGCUGGACAACCUGGGUUACAGAACAGGCUACACCUACCGCUACCCCUUUGUUCAAGAGAAAACCAAACACAAGAGCGAAGUGGAGAUUCCAGCCACGGUCACAGCCUUCGUGUUCGAGGAGGAUGGUGCCCCGGUGCCCGCGCUGCGGCAGCACGCCCAGAAGCAGCAGAAGGAGAAGACCCGCUGGCUCAACACGCCCAACACCUACCUGCGGGUCAACGUGGCCGACGAGGUCCAGAGGAGCAUGGGCAGCCCCCGGCCCAAGACCACAUGGCUGAAGGCCGACGAGGUGGAGAAAUCCAGCAGUGGCAUGCCCAUACGGAUCGAAAACCCAAACCAAUUUGUGCCUCUCUAUACCGACCCCCAAGAAGUGCUGGACAUGCGCAACAAGAUUCGAGAACAAAACCGACAGGAUGUGAAGUCGGCAGGGCCUCAGUCCCAGCUGCUGGCGAGUGUCAUCGCUGAGAAGAGCCGAAGCCCGUCUACAGAGAGCCAGCUGAUGUCCCAGGGCCAGGCGGACACCAAAGACGAGUCAGAGGAGACGGUGCCCAACCCCUUCAGCCAACUCACUGACCAGGAGCUGGAGGAGUACAAAAAAGAGGUGGAGAGGAAGAAGCUGGAACUUGACGGAGAGAAAGAACCCACCGCAGAGGAGCCUGGCUCACCUGUAAAGUCUGCACCUGCUUCUCCAGCUCAGAGUCCAGCCAAGUCCGAGACGAAGAGCCCCGCGGUCUCUCCCUCCAAGUCUUUGGAUGAAGACAUGAAGAAGACGGAGACAAGCCCAGCCCCCGCGGAGCCCGACACCACGCAGCCAGAAGGAGUGGUGGUCAACGGGCGGGAGGACGAGCCGACGGCAGAGGAGAUCCUCAGCAAGGGCCUGAGCCAGAUGACCACCAGCGCCGACACGGACGUCGAGACCUCGAAGGACAAAACCGAGUCAGUCACCAGUGGCCCCAUGUCCCCGGAGGGCUCGCCUUCCAAGUCUCCCUCGAAGAAGAAGAAGAAAUUCCGAACCCCAUCCUUCCUGAAGAAGAGCAAAAAGAAGGAGAAAGUGGAGUCCUGAUUCGUGGCCCCCUUGGGCUCCCGUGCGCAUCCUCCCCCUCCCCUCUCCCCUUCUCCCAUCUCCGUCCCUGGAAGCCCGGGGCCAAGGAGGGGUCGAAUAGGACCCCCGAUCACACUCUGACGGGAAACUUAGAGAUCGCCCGACCAACCCCUCGUUUUACGGUUGCCCCACAGAAACCAGGUGACUUUCCCCAGGUCACACAGCUAGCAAGUGGCAGAGCCGGCACUGGAAUUCAGGUCCAGCGCUCUUUCCACGACACAACACUGCCUAGUUGUGGGCCGCCUUUGUGAGGAUGCUGCCCCCGAUCUGAGCCCAGGGCGAGGGGCCAGCAUCGGCCACAAACUCUCACCGGUUCAGACCAAAUCAGACAGGUCAAGGCUUCCCAAGCAAGGUCCUUUUCCUUGCCGGAACCCAACCUCCUGCUGACAGAGCGAUCACUACAUUUAGAAAUCUCUCUUCUCUUUUCCAUGGGGUGACUGCCCCGCUGCUCACAGUAACCAAACUGACCUGUCCCGUCCCCUCCACCAGAAGUUAAUUCUUGUUCCUAAGGGCUGAUUGCUUAGCUUGUGCUCCCCCAACCACUAACCCUGAGCUUUCUUCGUGGAACCUCUAGAAUGAAGAGUCGUAGGGAGUCGGCAGGUGCAAGGGCAAAGCAAGUCAGCCGUAGGGUAGGAGACGGUUUAAUCAAUCUAAGAAGCCAGGAACUGGACCCAUUCGAAUUGUGCAGCUCAGGCGCUUCAAAACUAAAACCAAAUUUAGCUUAGAAAAAAGGUGUCUCAUGCUCAGGGCCAAAAUUUGAGGGAAGUUUCGAUCCUCUGUUGGCUUUGGGUUGUACAGGAGGGUCAGAACAGUACAGGAUGUGCUCAGCCUUUCUAGGGUUGCCUGACACUCGGAGCAACGUGGCUGUCCCUGUCGUCCUCAAGUGUGGCAUCAGGGCUCCCCUGGCCUUCCCUCAAACCUAGAAGCCCUGGCCCACAGACUGGAACUGGCAUCUUACCCUAGGCCCCUAGACCCUUGGCCUCCUCUGGGUUCUGACUCAGUCAGUCUGGGUCCAGCAGGGGAGAAUGAGAUGGGCCCUGCAGAAACAAUUGUCCUGGACCAGCUAUCAGAGGAAUGCUCGGGUGUCCCCAGCCCUGUCGCCCUCUGUCCAUCCCGGGGCCUGUCAUAGCCCCAGAUGUAGUUUUAAAACACCAUCACUAUCUUUUCAUACUCUUCCCUGGGGCCUUGAUUCCUGAGCGUCACUGGCUCCUAGAAAGUAGACAAUCCGUUCCCUUUAAAGCACAGUGUCUUCAAAGAGUAUUUUCCCUUUCUGUCCUGAUUUUUGUAAAACUAUUUUUGAAAGUUCUUAAUCACAGUUUUCCAUCUUUGAGCACUUACCCCCCCCACACACACACACACUGUGCAGGCUUCACAAGCAUUAUUCCUUUAACCCUCGAAGUAAUUCUGUGAUGUGGGUCAGAUUAUUCCUAUCUUAUGGGUGAGGGUACUGAGCCCCCAAAGGAUAACUGACUUGUUCCAGUGACUUGGCUAGAAAGCUCCAGAGCUUAGAUUUGAGCCCAGGUGGGUCUGAGUCCAGAGUCUUGGCUCUUAUCAGCUGUGAUGAUCAGAAAACUUUAAUCCCCAGGGGCGGCUGUUUUAGUCCAGGACCUGUUUCUGUGACGGCUCCACUGCAUCGUGUGAGCACUGGAAGUGGAGGGAGGAAUCUACCCGCAUUCUGCCUCGUCAGGUGAAUGUGGCCUGUGGCAGGGCCAGUGGGGACGUCUGACAGGAGAGGUGAGAGCCUUCAGCCUGCAGGGGCAGGAGACACCACCCACAGUUGGGCUAUCUCUUGAGAAGGAAGGAGACUGACACCUGACUAAGGAAAAGCCAGUGCUGUGUGUGCAGUGGAAUUCUACCCAGAUCCCUCUCUCCGCUCCGCUUCUGACUGAGUCACGUCUUGGGCUGGGCCACCCAAUGGUCAGGGGCACCGAGGGCUCAGAGAAGUCUGUGAUACGGCAAAUGCCUUUCAAAGCCAAUCCUUUGAUGCCUUCUUAAAGAAAUCAAUUUCACGUUCAUUCAUCGAUCCCAAUAUUUGUUAAGCAUCCAGUAAGCACUACGCUGCCAUUAAAAGAAAAGGGUCAUUGUGAUGAGAAAAAUCAGCGGCAGGCAAUGCGAAGAGAAGGGUGGAGCAGACAACCAUGGAGGCAGCUUUUUGGGUUUGAGUGGUUGCAGCUCAGAGACGGUGUUGAUUGGCGCUUUGCUUUCUGCCAAUAAUUCUCUUUACUCCUUUUCCAACAAGGAGGCCACACUUAGGUGAACACGCUGGAGCCUUGCAGGAGUUUAUGCCGUGGGUCCACCUUACAUCCAUCCAUUUGUUCAUUCCUUACUCAUUUAAAAACCAAGCAUGAACUUGGGUUGUGCCUCACUCCUGAAGGCAGGACGCAGUCCCUGCCUGGAGGAAGUUUAUCGGAGGCACGAGGACGCGUUACACAAUGGACAAGGGUGCGGAGGAGGCAUAAGGAAGCAGUGAUUUACUGUCUUCCGGGCCAGAGAAACCUUCCUGAAGGGAGUGAUGGAUGAGUUUGGUUUUCAAAACAAAGAGGAAUUUUCCAGGACAAGAGGAUUAGCAGGACAUUGGUGAUGAGGGAAGAGCAUGUGUGAAGACGCUGAAGCGUGAACAGCCAGGACGCAUCCGCUGAGUAUUUCAGUGCCUCCUGGGCAGAAUGUGCGAGGCAGGGGGAUGGGCGGGGCUGGGUCAUAAAGUUGUAGAAAGUGCGGAGGAGCUAGAUUUGAUCACAUACAGGGUUUGGAGCUGCGGAGGGCUUGCGAUCAGGGUAGAUCAUGAUCGGGUUGCAUUUUAGAGGAACUGUUUUGGUGGCUGAGUGGAGGGGACGGCGCUGGAGGCACGAGAGGUCUUGCGACCAGGCUGUUCCGCAACGUGAAUCGUGGUUGGUGAUCUGCCUUCUGCUGCAUUUUCCUUUGUAGCAAAUAGUGAGCCUUCCAGCACAGAAUUCAUUCCCUUAAAAUUCUCUGGAUGAGGCAUCUUAGGAGAGAUUUUCAACCGAGAGAGGGGACUAUUCAAGGAUCUAAUGCAUAGUGCAGUUUAUGGUUCUAUUUGUCUUGGUGGAGAGUUGCAGGGAGAGCUGUCCUGGCGAGUCAUCCUGCCCGUGUCUCAUCCCAGUGUCCCAGCAGGACGUAGCAGGUGUGUCUCCAGGCUCGAGGCUAUGCGCUGAGCGCUGCUGAGGCAGAGGAGACGUCCCACCAAGACCGCGGGCUCUGAGGGUGCGAGGAAGGGACACAGCCUUUGAAUAAAAGUUGGCUGAAUCCUUUGACCAGUAUCUGUCUGGAGGAAAUGUAUAUAUGGAGAGCUCAGAAUUGUGAGGCCACCAGAUGGUUUCUAGUAAAGUUUGAAUACGCCACAGAAAAGGGAGGAGAAGAUGUGGACGAAUCUGCCGGUUGCAGAUGCUGAGAUGAAUGGAGAGGUUUCUGAGCCUGUUUCCCUGGGAAGACGGGCCGGGGUAGGAGUGAGGAGGCAGAGGGAGCGAUGGUUACGGAUAGACAAGCUUGGAUCCAGUGACUCCACGCACCGGCGGCGGGCAUCCAGCAGUGAUGCGUGAGAACCAUCCACACCAUGUGACCUUUCCUCCAACUUUGCAAAACGCGCCACCAAGAGACAACCCCCAGCCCGGAUCCGGGCUCCCUGAGAGCCUCCUGGCCUGCAUGUGACCCAGGUCACUGUCCGACUUCAGGCAGGUUAUACACAGAUGAAAACGACCUUCCUGAACACUGCUGUAAGAUUUUCCUUACGUCUUCCUCUGCAGACAAAUUCUUUUUAAAGUUCUUAGGGGGGUUUGGAUGAGAUGCCUGGACCAGGAAGAACCCCACUGGAAAGCAUCUGGUUAUGUCUGCGGGGCCUGGAAUCCUGCUCCCUGCCUAGUUCUGUGUCACUCACUCCUGAAUGUGGCAUUCAGAUGUCACUCUGCACUGUCAUCACAGAGGGCCACUGCUCUCGUCAACACAGGAAGAAGGGCAAGGAGACCACUUCUUUGGUGGCUGUGGAUUUGAGAGGACCAUUCGCCCAACAGCACAAGCCACUCCUAGAAGAUGAGAAGGAAGUUUGGGUUUCUCCACUGAGGUAUGCAUAGAGCUGGAGGUACACAGAGCCUCCUCCCCUCGGCCUCUGCGCCAUCUUUUGCACAAGUGUGAAUUUUAUGUUCUAGAUCCAGGCAGGAGUAUUCGCUUUUUGACGCUUGCACAGAUGAGAAAACGUACAGCCUUCCUCGGGGUGCUCAUGCGGGGCAACCUCAGUCCCCGGGGCGGCUGGUCUCCUGAGCUGCAGUUGCCCCUCUGAGCGUAGAGGAAGGAGGUCUCCUUAUGUCUCACCACUUGAGCCGAAGCAAACUCUCUAAGAUGGUAACAUUCUAAGAGGCUGAGAGGAAAUGAGGGAGGGGAUAAAUCUAGACUUUCCACGCCCCCCCCCCAGAUAGGACAGGGCACCCCUCGAUUCCAAACCUGACGGGAUAUCAUAUUGCCACUGCUCCACAUUAUUCUGAAAGGGAUCCUUUAAGACGAGGAGUCAGAGGCCCCACUGGCUAAUGAAAUAUACCCGUUGGUUAGUUACCUGUGGGCAGUUCCACUGGGGCCACAAUAUGCACAUGCGCAGUACACAGGAGUGAUGAUUCCCGAGCGCUGCCUAAGCCAACUGUCCGCUUGGAGGUGGCGUGCUUUUUGCCAGAGCUGAGGGCACACGCGUACAGCCCUGUCACCGAUGCCCACCCAAGCCCCUGGAGCCUCUCACAGUGAGAAGCCACGCCACCCCGGAAUCAAUGUGAGGAUUUCUGGCGCAGUGUCCCUCUCGCGUGGAGAAUGUGUCUUUCAUCAUUUUUAUAUAGACAGGCUUCCCUUUUUAGGAAUGAUUUGGAAGAAUCUCCAGGUGCGGGUUUUCUUAAAAAUACAGAAGCAGAGGUUUGCGUUGGUCUGUACGUAGGAGCUACCAGGUUUUGUCAAACUGAUGUCUAGCGCACUUUUGCCUUCAGGACUGCCCCCAAAGUUGGGUCAUCAUUAUGAGAAACGGGGGCCUGAAGUUGGAUGAGAAAUGGUCACCAUUACUGACAUGGGGAGGGACUCGGGUGUUGCUGGAAUGGGGCCCGUUGUGGGACAGUGCUGGAGCUUUCCCACGGAUUCUCUCACCCACCGCUUCCAAGCAGCAGGAUGAGGCCCACUGUGAUGUGGACAGUCCCCUCUCGGGAAGUAAAGAAAACAUUGUGAGGGCUUUGGGGGCGGUAGGGGACUAGCCCAGAAAAACCUAAACUCUUCUCCCUGACAGUAGAUCAUCUCGUGUAAUUUUUAGAAGCUCAAAGUCCUGAUCUUCUCUUUUAAAGUGAAUCAGGAGGAAGACAGUUACACCAAGGGCCGAGGGGCCCCAUUUCAAUACAUCAAAGGCCUUAUAAAUUGGGAAUGUAUUGGGGGACCCCAUCCCCACAUUUCAACUCCUCCCCACAUUUCAACUCCACCCCACACCUAUGGGCCCUGCAUUGUGGGUGAUUAAUCUUCACAGGCUCUGCCCCACCUUUAAAUUCCAGCCAUCUGGACUACACUGCUGAGUCCCCACCUCCCCCAGGAAGAGGUGGGGCCGGGAGAAGAAACGGUCUGAGCCUGGCCACCUGGUGGGUGGCGCAGGGGUCUAGGUAGACUUGUGCAGUGCUCUCUAAAGCUGUGGAUGGUUUCGGUGAAAUGUCUUUGUCUGACAAUCGUCUUCCCUUGUACAUACAUGAUCUGUGUUGAGCUUUCCUUUGUAUUGUGAAGUUUCAAAUAGGGGUUCCAUGUAAAUACUGUUUCUGCUACUGAAAUGCCAGCCCCCUGGAUUCAUGCAUCCUCCCUACAAAUGGUUUUGCCUUUCUCUCUGCUAACACUUUUUGAGCCACUGAUGUGCAGAUUGAUUAGUUUCUUGGGCUUUUAUUUUGCAAUUUUAUAUAUAUAGACACACACACAUAUAUAUAUAAUAUAUAUAUAUAUAUAUUUA